AAGUGACAAGACCAUUUGUUUAUAGUUUAUAGAUAACAGAAAAAUAUUUUUACAAACGCUUGAAAACGAAAUUUUGCAACAUUUUUUACAUUGAUAAUAGUUUACAAUGGAAAAUCUAUUAUAUGACAACGACAGUGAUUAUACUGAUUAUUCCGAAGACUCCGACGGUGAGAGUGAAGGACUUUUAAGGAAGGCCCUAGACGUGAGCCUCCCCGACGAUUUUGUACCUAUAUUACACCCUGGAAACGGGACUGAAUUUCUUCAGAAUGUAAUGUUUCAGAGAAAGAAUAUGAAACGAGUGGUUGGUCUGGACGAAGAAACAAUUAGUAGACUUAGAGAUGAGUGUGAACAUCUAAAAGUUGUUACUAUUCCGAAUCCCCCCACUGACGAGACCGGCAGUCUUCAACUGCCAACUCUAGACUGGCAGUUAAAAAAACUAGAAGAAUUCAAGCAGUUUAUACAAUUCGUUGAACAACACCAUAAACCAGAAGGUAAAGAAAGGUGGCUGAGGUCGAAGAAUGAACAACAGUUCAUAUCUGACAUCAAGUCACAUAGUCCCAAAUACUCAGUAUUAUUUAACUAUGCACACGAAAGUAAAUUGUCAAUGCUCGAAAUACUCACAACGUAUUUGUCGAAGCAAAAACUGUUGGAAGAUUUCGUUGGGCCUUGGUUGCUGUAUAUUUUUUCAACGUUAGGAUAUCCACCAAGUCCUGGGUGUUGCCACACAAUUAGAGAGUUUCUUAGAGUUUGUCGUAGGAUGAGGUCGAAAUAUUCCAAUACCAUGCCGGAAUCUAGUCUCAAAGCAUUGAAUUUUUAUAUCUGCAUUAGUAGCAGAUAUUAUGGUCAGUUGGACUUGGCUGAUGGGCAUUUGUGAUAGGUAAAGAAUGAAUCUACAAGACUGUUAGACCUCAAAAACUAGAGCAGGAGACCCAUCACAAGAGCCCAUGAAUAUAAAUAAUUCAUAUUUAAAAUAAUUAAUUUUUGUAAUUUUUAUUUGUAAUCUCAGACAUUUUGUAUAUUUGAUACAAAUGUAUAUACAAAAAUAUAUGUAUACAAAUCAUUGAUACUAAGGGGAUCAUAUUGUAUUCAGAAGAAGACUUGUUAUGAAAAAUAAAAUAAUUUUGUAAAAA